GAGAGUGGAGCGGGCAAAACGGAAAGCACCAAGUUGAUCCUCAAGUUUCUCUCGGCCAUCAGCCAACAGUCUUUGGACUUGUCCUUAAAGGAGAAGACACCCUGCGUUGAACAGGCGAUUCUUGAAAGCAGUCCCAUCAUGGAAGCUUUCGGCAACGCGAAGACAGUGUACAACAACAACUCCAGUCGCUUUGGGAAGUUUGUUCAGCUGAACAUCUGUGAGAAGGGCAAUAUUCAGGGCGGAAGGAUUGUAGAUUAUUUAUUAGAAAAAAAUCGAGUAGUGAGGCAAAAUCCUGGGGAAAGAAAUUAUCACAUAUUCUACGCACUGCUGGCAGGGCUGGAACAUGAAGAGAAAGAAGAAUUUUAUUUAUCUGUGCCAGAAAACUACCAUUACUUGAAUCAAUCUGGAUGUACAGAAGACAAGACCAUCAAUGACCAGGCGUCCUUCCGGGAAGUUAUUAUGGCAAUGGAAGUAAUGCAGUUCAGCAAAGAGGAAGUUCAGGAAGUUCUGAGGUUGCUUGCUGGAAUUCUACAUCUGGGCAACAUAGAGUUCAUCACUGCUGGUGGGGCGCAGGUUUCUUUCAAAACAGCUUUGGGCAGGUCUGCAGAGUUACUUGGGCUGGACCCAAUACAGCUCACGGAUGCUCUGACCCAGAGAUCGAUGUUCCUCAGGGGAGAAGAGAUCCUCACACCUCUCAAUGUCCAGCAGGCAGUAGACAGUCGAGACUCAUUGGCCAUGGCACUUUAUUCACGCUGCUUUGAGUGGCUGAUCAAGAAGAUUAACAGUAGGAUCAAGGGCAAUGAUGACUUCAAAUCUAUUGGCAUCCUUGACAUCUUCGGAUUUGAAAAUUUCGAGGUGAACCACUUUGAGCAGUUCAAUAUCAACUAUGCAAAUGAGAAACUUCAGGAAUACUUCAACAAGCACAUUUUUUCUUUAGAACAACUCGAAUAUAGCAGAGAAGGACUGGUGUGGGAAGACAUUGACUGGCUGGACAAUGGAGAAUGCCUUGACUUGAUCGAGAAGAAGCUUGGCCUUCUCGCCCUUAUCAAUGAAGAAAGCCACUUUCCUCAAGCCACGGACAGCACCUUAUUGGAGAAGUUACACAAUCAGCAUGCGAAUAACCACUUCUAUGUGAAGCCCAGGGUUGCAGUGACCAACUUCGGAGUGAAGCACUACGCUGGAGAGGUGCAGUACGAUGUCCGAGGCAUUCUGGAAAAGAACAGAGACACCUUCAGGGAUGACCUUCUCAACCUGCUAAGAGAAAGCCGGUUCGACUUUAUCUAUGACCUCUUCGAGCACGUCUCAAGCCGCAACAACCAGGAUACCUUGAAAUGUGGAAGCAAACACCGACGGCCUACCGUCAGCUCGCAGUUCAAGGACUCCCUGCAUUCCUUAAUGGCAACCCUAAGCGCCUCUAAUCCUUUCUUUGUUCGCUGUAUCAAGCCCAACACACAGAAGAUGCCAGACCAGUUUGACCAGGCUGUUGUGCUAAACCAGCUGAGGUACUCGGGGAUGCUGGAGACGGUGAGGAUCCGCAAAGCCGGCUAUGCAGUGCGAAGGCCCUUUCAGGAUUUCUACAAAAGGUAUAAAGUGCUCACGAGGAACGUAGCCCUGCCCGAGGAUGUCCGGGGAAAAUGCACUGUGCUUCUGCAGCUCUACGACUCCUCCAGCAGCGAGUGGCAGCUGGGGAAGACCAAGGUCUUCCUUCGGGAAUCCUUGGAGCAGAAGCUGGAGAAGCGGCGGGAGGAGGAAGUCUACCGGGCAGCCAUGGUGAUCCAGGCCCACAUCUUGGGCUACUUGGCACGAAAGCAGUACAGAAGGGUCCUUUAUUGUGUGGUGAUGAUACAGAAGAAUUAUAGAGCCUUCCUUAUGAGGAAGAGAUUUUUACACCUGAAAAAAGCGGCCAUCGUGUUCCAGAAGCAACUCCGAGGCCAGCUGGCACGUAGAGUUUACAGACAACUGCUGGCAGAGAAAAUGGAGCAAGAGGAAAGGAAGAGGCAGGAGGAAGAAGAGAAGAGAAAGCGGGAGCAAGAAGAGAGAGAAAGAGCACGGAGAGAAGCAGAGCUCCGAGUGCAGCAGGAGGCGGAAGCCCGGAAGCAGCUGGAGGAGCGCGAGGCCCUGCGGAAGCGCCAGGCGGAGCUGGAGCGGCAGCAGGAGAACCGGCAGGUGGAGGAGAUCCUGCGGCUGGAGAAGGAGAUCGAGGACCUGCAGCGCAUGAAGGAGCGGCAGGAGCUGUCGCUGACGCAGGCCUCGCUGCAGAAGCUGCAGCGGCUGCGGGACGAGGAGCUGCGGCGGCUGGAGGACGAGGCGUGCCGCGCGGCGCAGGAGUUCCUGGAGUCCCUGAACUUCCACGAGAUCGACGAGUGCGUGCGGCACAUCGAGCGCUCGCUGUCGGAGGGCGGCGAGGGCGGCGGCCCCGCGGAGAAGCCCCGCUUCAACUUCAGCCAGCCGUACCCCGAGGAGGAGGAGGACGACCAGGAGGACGGGGUGGACGAGGUGGACGAGGGCUUCGAGGCGGACGACGACGCCUUCAAGGACUCGCCCAACCCCAGCGAGCACGGCCACUCGGACCAGCGCACCAGCGGCAUCCGCACGAGCGAUGACUCCUCGGAGGAGGACCCCAGCCCCGGCGACGGGGACGAGCCCUCCCCCGACGACGAAGACGACGACUACGAGGACGGGGCCGCCACCUCCGCCAGCAGCGUCACCUGCUCCCACUCCUACGGCAGCCAGUGGUCCCCGGACUACCGGGGCUCCAUGGGCACCUACAACAGCUCCGGGGCCUACCGGUUCAGCUCCGAAGGGGCGCAGUCCUCGUUUGAAGACAGCGAAGAGGACUUGGACUCCAGGUUUGACACGGACGACGAGCUGUGUUACCGGCGAGACUCUGUGUACAGCUGUGUCACCCUGCCUUACUUCCACAGCUUCCUGUACAUGAAAGGUGGCUUAAUGAACUCCUGGAAGCGCCGCUGGUGUGUCCUCAAGGACGAGACCUUCCUGUGGUUCCGCUCCAAGCAGGAGGCCCUCAAGCAAGGCUGGCUCCAUAAGAAAGGAGGAGGCUCCUCCACCCUGUCCAGGAGAAACUGGAAGAAGCGCUGGUUCGUCCUCCGCCAGUCCAAGCUGAUGUACUUUGAAAACGACAGUGAGGAGAAGCUCAAGGGUACUCUAGAAGUCCGGACGGCCAAAGAGAUCAUCGACAACACCAACAAAGAGAACGGGAUUGAUAUCAUUAUGGCCGACAGGACCUUCCACCUGAUCGCUGAGUCCCCCGAGGAUGCCAGCCAGUGGUUCAGCGUUCUGAGUCAGGUCCACGCAUCCACCGACCAGGAGAUCCGGGAGAUGCAUGAUGAGCAGGCAAACCCCCAGAAUGCCGUGGGCACGUUGGACGUGGGACUGAUCGAUUCCGUGUGCGCCUCCGACAGCCCUGAUAGACCCAAUUCAUUCGUGAUCAUCACGGCCAACCGGGUGCUGCACUGCAACGCCGACACCCCAGAGGAGAUGCACCACUGGAUCACGCUGCUGCAGAGAUGCAAGGGGGACACAAGGGUGGAGGGCCAGGAGUUCAUCGUGAGAGGGUGGUUACACAAAGAAGCCAAGAACAGUCCAAAGAUGUCUUCACUGAAACUGAAGAAGCGGUGGUUUGUCCUGACGCACAACUCCCUGGAUUACUACAAGAGCUCAGAAAAGAACGCGCCGAAGCUGGGGAACCUGGUUCUCAACAGCCUGUGCUCGGUCGUGCCCCCCGAUGAGAAGAUAUUCAAAGAGACAGGCUACUGGAACGUCACGGUGUACGGGCGCAAGCACUGCUACCGGCUCUACACCAAGCUGCUCAACGAAGCUACCAGAUGGUCCAGCGCCAUUCAAAACGUCACAGACACCAAGGCCCCUAUCGACACCCCCACCCAGCAGCUGAUCCAAGAUAUCAAGGAGAAUUGCCUGAACGCAGACGUGGUGGAGCAGAUCUACAAGCGGAACCCCAUCCUCCGAUACACACACCACCCCCUGCACUCCCCGCUCCUGCCCCUGCCCUACGGAGACAUAAAUCUCAACUUGCUCAAAGACAAAGGCUACACAACCCUCCAGGACGAAGCCAUCAAGAUCUUCAAUUCCCUGCAGCAACUGGAGUCCAUGUCUGACCCCAUCCCCAUCAUCCAGGGCAUCCUGCAGACGGGCCAUGACCUCCGGCCUCUGCGGGACGAGCUCUACUGCCAGCUCAUCAAGCAGACCAACAAGGUGCCCCAUCCCGGCAGCGUGGGUAACCUUUACAGCUGGCAGAUCUUGACGUGCCUCAGCUGCACCUUCCUGCCCAGCCGUGGGAUCCUCAAGUACCUCAAGUUCCACCUGAAGAGGAUUCGGGAACAGUUUCCAGGAACCGAGAUGGAAAAAUACGCCCUGUUCAUCUACGAGUCUCUUAAGAAAACCAAAUGCAGAGAGUUUGUCCCUUCUCGAGAUGAGAUCGAAGCGCUCAUCCACAGGCAGGAGAUGACGUCCACGGUGUAUUGCCAUGGCGGCGGCUGCUGCAAGAUCACCAUCAACUCCCACACCACUGCAGGGGAGGUCGUGGAGAAGCUGAUCCGAGGCCUCGCCAUGGAAGACAGCCGGAACAUGUUCGCCCUGUUUGAGUACAACGGCCAUGUGGACAAAGCCAUUGAAAGCCGGACCAUUGUGGCUGAUGUCCUAGCCAAGUUUGAAAAGUUGGCUGCUACAUCAGAAGCGGGGGACCUGCCGUGGAAAUUCUACUUCAAACUCUACUGUUUCCUGGACACCGACAACGUGCCGAAAGACAGCGUGGAGUUUGCGUUCAUGUUUGAACAGGCCCACGAAGCUGUCAUCCACGGCCACCAUCCAGCCCCGGAAGAAAACCUCCAGGUGCUCGCCGCUUUGAGGCUCCAGUACCUGCAGGGGGACUACACGCCACACGCCGCCAUCCCGCCUCUCGAGGAGAUUUACUCCCUGCAGAGGAUCAAGUCCCGGAUCAGCCAGUCCACCAAAAGCUUCACCCCGUGCGAGCGGCUGGAGAAGAGGCGGACGAGCUUCCUGGAGGGGACCCUGAGGCGGAGCUUCCGGACCGGCACUGCGCUGAGGCAGAAGAUGGAGGAGGAGCAGAUGCUGGACAUGUGGAUUAAGGAAGAGGUCUGCUCAGCCCGAGCCAGCAUCCUCGACAAGUGGAAGAAAUUGCAGGGAAUGAACCAGGAGCAGGCCAUGGCUCAGUACAUGGCCUUGAUCAAGGAGUGGCCGGGCUAUGGGUCAGCACUCUUUGACGUGGAGUGCAAGGAAGGCGGCUUUCCCCAGGAGCUCUGGCUGGGCGUCAGCGCGGAUGCCGUCUCGGUCUACAAGCGUGGGGAAGGAAGGCCCUUGGAAGUCUUCCAGUAUGAACACAUCCUCUCCUUCGGGGCCCCUCUGGCCAACACAUACAAGAUCGUGGUGGAUGAGCGGGAGCUGCUCUUUGAAACCAGUGAGGUAGUGGACGUGGCCAAGCUCAUGAAGGCCUACAUCAGCAUGAUCGUGAAGAAGCGCUACAGCACCACUCGCUCGGUGAGCAGCCAGGGCAGCUCCAGGUGAACCCCCUGAGCCUGUGGGAUUCGUGUCAGAUGCGCCCGGCUGGCCUCAGUGCCCUGACCCCGCCCAGGGCAGACCCGGAAGCUCUGUUGGAGGGAGAGAGGGUCCUUCGCCCCGUCAACAUUUAUGUAUUAAGCUGUCAACCUUAACAGUCUGCACAAUUUCCAAAGCUUUACUACUCUUACAUGACACAUGCCUUAAUAAAGAAAGUGGGGGAGAAAAACCACGCUGCCACCAAAGCAGCCGCAAGUGCCUUAACUGAUAGAAGCCGCAGCCCGCGCGGACGGAGCUCACCUGUGCUACUGACCCCAGAGGGCCUUCGCUCCAGCGAGAUUUGCAGAGCUUGAAAGCGGGCGUCUAUCCAUUGAUUAUGCACUAGCUUCCCAGCCUGACUUCCCCAAGGGGGAGGGGCCGGCGGGAGAGGGAGGGCGGGCAGAUGAGAGUGGAAAGGAACUGUCAUUUGGAGAUGGAGCGCUGCUGGCAGCCUUCCUGGUGAACGCGCAUUCACAUUUUGCUUAAUUUCAUCUUUUACAUGUCUGCUUGCCUGUGCAUGCAUGCAUUCACAGACCCAACACUUUAACCAUUUCACGAGCAUUAGACACAAAGGGAAAAAGGAUGUGCAAUGGUGUAAACAGUCCGUGUGUAUAUUUCCGUAGCUAGAGUCUUCAGCGGUCCCUUGGUUACUUUGUAAGGUAGGUUUCAUUAACAAGUGUGGAACCCUGGAUUUUCCUGUCUUUGCUGUAUUUUGGAGACACGUUUUGACUCGGUUCUGUUGUUCAUGUAGCAAAGUCUGCAAUCUGUAUCUGCUGAAACUCUGACAGAUCUGCAGCUUCCAAGAGAACUGUAUUUAUAAACCACUCUUCAAACUGCUGGCUCCAGUGCUGUUUUUUAGAACAAUACAAAGUCAUUUUGUAGUCUUUUGUUUGUAAACAUAUUAAGUUAAAAAAUGUUUUUUUUUCUUUGAAAGUUAGCUCCUAUCAGUGUGGAUAGAUUGCAGAUAUAAAACCAUGAUGACUAUGGAGAAGCCAUUGCAUUCCUAAAAAGGUGACAAUUAAGCCAAUCUGUCACACACCGCACCAUGGAGUGCGCUUGAGUGCGGCUUCAAGCAGACAUGGGGCUUCGUCCCCGGUUCGUGAUGGGAGCUGGAAUAAAGCACCAGGGAAUAUGUCAGCAAUGUUCGCCAGGAGAAAAAUAAUCUGGACUUCUAUUUUUAUAUGGAAAAAUUAUAAAGACUUAGGCCAACUAAGUCCCCUCGAAAAGAAAAAUGCAAUUUGCCUUAUUCCUUGUGGACAAUGGUGUGAAAGUACUGUUUGUUGGCUCACUGAAGGUCGGACAAUAAAAGAUAUUAGCUAA